GAAAAUCAUUCCAAAACAAGCAUCACAGUCAAUCAGUUCUCUUAUUUUAGAUUAUAUAUUUAUUUUUCUAACUUGUAACUUUGGGCCCGAAUAAAUAUUCUAGACCACCAUUUGCUCCGGCUUCGCCUCCUGCUCCUAAUCCUGAUCCACCAGAUCCUUCAUCAUCCGAAGAAGAGUACGAGGACAUUGUAGAACAAGUAUAAAAUUUUCACUGGUUUUGGCAAUUUAGAAUUUAGUAACUUUUAGUCCUUACAAGUUUUAUAAAAUUAAAAGUGGUUUUCCCGCGAAAAAGCAAAACGUCAAGCAGCAGUACAAGUGAAAUAUAAAAGUUUUAUCAAAGUUCGAAAAACACACAUGCCGAAUGCUAUGAAACCAUACGAAUUUUGCGCUUGCACGAGCCUGCUCGUGUGGGCAGUGGAGCAUUCCUCAACUUUCUUCGGGAAUUCCGUUCAAAGAAUACCCAGCUUGAUCUGAAGACAUCCAUUCGUCGGGGUACAAACAUCUGGCAAACGAUGAAUAAUACCGAAAGAAGCAAGUAUGACUAUACAAUGCCAAGCAAAAGCCGAGAAGCCACUGCUCCCCAGGAUAAUGCCGACAUGUGCUGUAACAAGAAAAUGAAGAGAAAGUCCCCUUGUCCCAUGAAGAGGCCAUCUUGUCCCAAGAAACGUAAGCCACGUGGCUGCCCACGUAAGCCUGCUUGCCCCAUGAGAAAGAAGCGUGCAUGCGCCAAGAAACGUAAACCAGCUUGCCCCAAGAAGCGUAAACCAGCUUGUCGCAGGAAGCGCAAGGCCUGUCGCCCCAAGCGUAGAAACCCAUGCGCCAAAAAGCGUGUCAAGUGCAGCAAACCUGGUCCCGUUAUGAAUAAUGGGUAUCUGAAUUUCGUUCGAUCGUUCCGCAAGAAGCAUUGUGGUCUAAAGCCACAGGAAUUGAUGUAAUAAUUUAUACUUGUAACGAAUGUAAUAGUGUGUAAAUUUUAAGUAAUUACAAGUACAAAUGUAAAAAUAAAA